GAUUUUAAUUAAAGUGAUCCAAAGAAAUACAUAUUUUGUAUUAAAAGCCAAUUUCUCGACAACUGCUGUCACUAACAGACAGGCAGCAAUUGAUUUGUCGACCCGUAUGUUAGCCAAGAGUAUAACCCUAAAGCAUCUGAACUAUCAGUCGAGUCACAUCUCGACCAUCGAAGGCUAUGACGGUGACAGUCGUGAGACCAGUUUGAAGUCACGACCUUUAGUGGUGCUGUUGACGUGGUUAAUGGCUCAGGACAAACAUGUCGACAAAUAUAGUAAUCUCUAUCUCCAAAAGGGUUUCGAUGUCUUGACAGUGAAGACUAACCCAUUUGAUCUGCUAUUCCCUGCCAUCGGUUCCCGAAAAAUAGCACAAAACUGUGUGACAGCUCUUCACAAAGAGUUAACACAAUAUUCAUCGGUAAUACUCCACGCGUUUAGUGUCGGCGCCUAUCAAUUCGGCGAGAUUUUGCUGGAAAUGCAGGAACAGGACAAACAAGUGGCCCAUAAGACACAGCAACUCGAAGACAGAAUUAAAGGCAUUGUCUUCGACUCAGUGGUUCCCAUUGAGGAGUUGUCGAAUGGAGUGUCCCGUUCCCUAACUACCAACCCAUUCCUCUACAAAGUUAUCAAAUCUACAAUCAACGGUCACCUAAAAGUAUUCAACAGAAUCGCCACAAAGUAUUACAGGGCGUCAUCGAAAGCCGUGUGGAAUAUUCAUAUGCGAGUGCCGGCGCUCGUAUUGGUCUCGCAAAAUGAUAGGAUCGGAACCGCUUCGGCCAACAAGAAGUUAACUGAUGUUUGGCGUGAUUUGGGAAUUGAUGUGACAUUUAAAUGCUGGGAGAAGAGCGCACACGUCCAACACCUCCCCAAACACCCCAUUGAAUACGAAGAACUCAUUGACAACUUUCUCAAUAAAGUUAACAUCACUUCCAAUGUUCUUAUCAAUGAUUAUUAGCAACCAAUAUUUCAUUUGAUUUAAACUUUCUAUGAAUUUAAUUUACU